AUUCAUGUGACAGACUCGUGCACACGCGAAUCGGGACGCCGACAUGGUCUUGCUCGACGACGAAGAAAGCCCCCAGGCGACCACAGGGCGCAAGUGCCACGUGCCCGCCAGGUACGUGUUCGCCGGCGUGUCGACGCUCGGCGCGCUGCUGAACGUCGUGCUCAAGUCGUCGCUGCCCGUCGCCAUCACAGCCAUGGUGCGGAAGAACGCCAGCAACGCCAGCGGCGAGGGCGACGGGAAGUUCGACUGGGACGAGGUGACGCAGAGCUACGUGCUGACGGCGGGCAGCUACGGCAUGCUGUGCUCGUGCCUGGCGGGCGCGCGCCUCGCCGAGCUGUGGAGUCCCAAGAUGGCGCUCGGCCUGGCCAACGCGCUGGGCGGCGCGCUCUACCUGCUGCUGCCCGUCACGGCCGCUUGGAGCGUGCGCGCGCUCAUCGCCCUCCAGGCGCUGGGCGGCCUCCUGGGCGGUCCAGUUAUACCUAUAAAUAUGGGCAUGUUUGCAUCAUGGUUCCCACCUGAAGAAAGGCAACAGCUAGGAGGGAUCGUGUUUUCGUCAACCAUCUUGGCAGUCAUAAUAUCGAGCGCGAUGACUGGCAAGAUAGUAGACACCCUGGGCUGGCCGUUCAUUUUCUACUUAUUCCCGUCCCUGGUGAUCGCCUGGUCGGCAUUGUGGAUGAUAUUCGUGUUCGACUCCCCAGAAACGCACCCAAGAAUCUCAGAGGAAGAGCGCUCAUACAUAAUAAAGAAAACCAAAAAAGAUCACGUUCAGACAGCUUCGAAGCUGCCGUGGAAGGAGAUGCUUCUGUCGCGUGCUGUUUGGGCAUACAUCAUCAUGGGCAUACCUGGGGUCUGGGUUAUGUCGACGCUUGGCAUGGCGCUGCCGACGUACAUGACCAACAUCCUUGGAUACACCACUACCCAGGCAGGUUAUUUUUCAGCGAUUCCGCAGCUCUUCUCAUGGAUAAGCACCAUCACUUUUGGUUUUGUGUCACAGUGGUUAAGAAGAAAGCAAUACCUUGGCCAUCUUUUAUCUUACCACAUUUUCAAUGGAAUAUCCACGCUCGGCACUGCCGCCGCCCUGUUCUCCAUCCUGCUGGUGGACCGCAGCGCGGCAGGAGUCAUCUCGCUCGUCACGCUGGCCAUGGCCUUCUCGGGCGCCUACAUGGGCGGCAGCCAGCUCAACCACAUGGACCUCUCCGUCAACUACACGGGCACGCUCGCCGGCCUGUCCACCAUGACGAUGGGCGUCGUCAGCAUCCUCGCACCCACCGUCACCGGUCUCCUCACCAACAACAAGCAAACACUGUCUGCAUGGAACUACGUCUUUUGUGUUGCUGGAGGAGUGAAUAUUAUCCCAUUUAUCAUUUACUUGUUCUUUGGAUCAGUGGAUGAGCAGCCAUGGAACACAAAACGUAACGAAGUUGUAAAUAAUUACGUGAGUGUAAGUGAACAGUCAAGAGUCCCAGUUGAAGACAAUUAAAAAUUUACAAAAAAAAAUAAGUUGCUUAAAUUAUUCUACAAGCAUUAGCCCAUUUUCAUUACUUUGUACUUUAUAGAUUUUUAUGUUAAGUCAGGAACUAGAAAAUACUGCACAAAGUUUUGUGGAUGAUGUGUGCAAACUUCUGUUGACAAUGAAUAGGUUUCACUGAACAUACUAGCCACUGUAUGAACACAUUUACAAAUUUGGUGCUCGCAAAAAUG